AUGCUGUGGCGGGCUCGGACGAGGCGAUCUGGGCGCCUCUAGCUCGCGAGAGCUGGAGAGGUUCCUCGUCGCUGCGACCGCAAUCUUCAGCAGCACGGCUCGGGUCGAGAAGCUAUAUUCCGACUCGACGCGCUGGGGGGCAGUCCUUGCAGCGGCCAGGGUCACAGUUCCAACCAUCAAGUCCGCAAAUGUUACGCUUCCCGAAUUGCUCUCGCUUCCUCAUCGCCUCCCUUCACCCUACGCCGAAGAUGCCAAGGACGCAUAUGACGAUGCGCACGCAGUGGCGCAGUUUGCGCAGAUCGCGGACCUGUGUACUGGAGGGACGAUGGGAAGGGAUGGGCUCUCGUUGGUCAUCGACGCGGGUUCCGGCAGCACUCUGAGGAACCCGCCCUGCCGCACGAGCACGUGUGGUCGCGCGUGGGUCAGAAGCUCAGGGCGAAAGCUUUGCUGUGCAAGACCGCGGUGCGACCCGCUCGGAUACCUUCCAAGGAGGCUCCCCAUUCUCGGUGCUUCGUCGGUUUGUGAACGUGGUUCGGUUCCCAGGGAAGGAGGAUCGGGUCAAGUGUUUCUCUGUUACGACUUCUCAGAGCGAUAGGGAGAUGGCUUCACGACCGGUCCGCGUCUGCUGUGGAGCGGGACACCCACUGGCGGCUCAUGUACGACGUGACGCCGACGCGCAGGAGGCAGCACACUCAGGGCCAUGCCUCUUCGCCGUCGUGUCUGUUCUGUGGCAAGCAUACAGCGGUCAUCGAGACGGUGUCGCACCAAUUUUUUGGGUACUCGGCCAGCUUCUGGGGUCGGGUGCUACGCAUUCUACUCGACAAGAUCGGCAUCGAGAAUGCCGAUGUCGUUCCGUCGACGUUCACCCAGGAGCAGCUGACUAUGGGGCUUCCCCUUUUACGGGGUCGUGGAAGAACGACCUCGAAAUGGAUGUGGGUUCGGUUGGCCUGUGCGAUCGGCUUCCAGCGGCUGCACCUGGUCCGCUGGCGCGUUCAUCAGCGGUUCCAGGAGGACGGCGUCGUAGCCCCUUCCUCAAUUCCCCGCGCGCUCAGAGCGUUUGACCCUUUCAGGCAGGCUUUGUUCCUGGGGCUCGAGAUUGGGAGCUGUGGAUACCGAGUUAA